GCGCGGGGUGCGCGCGGCGAGCUGAGCCCCGAGACACUCGGAGCGCUGGGCACCGGCCGGGCUGCGGUCCGCGCGCGCAACCGCCGCCGCCUUCUCCUCCUCCCGAGCAGACUGGGCCCGGUGAGGCCGGCGGCAGGGGCAAUGGGGUCGAGGUGAGCCGGAGGCUCGCGGGCGCGGCCGGACCGCCGCGAUGUGGCUCAAGCCCGAGGAGGUGCUGCUGAAGAACGCACUGAAGCUCUGGGUCACCCAGAAGAGCAGCUGCUACUUCAUCUUGCAGCGGCGCCGCGGGCACGGCGAGGGGGGUGGCCGUAUCACCGGUCGCCUGGUGGGCGCUCUGGAUGCAGUGCUGGAUUCCAACGCGCGGGUCGCUCCCUUUCGAAUCCUGCUUCAAGUUCCUGGGUCUCAGGUUUAUUCCCCCAUAGCAUGUGGUGCGACGUUAGAGGAAAUAAACCAGCACUGGGACUGGCUGGAGCAGAACCUCCUCCACACUCUGUCUGUCUUCGAUAACAAGGACGACAUUGCCAGUUUCGUGAAAGGUAAAGUCAAGGCCCUGAUCGCUGAGGAGACCAGCAGCAGGCUUGCUGAGCAGGAAGAGGAGCCAGAGAAGUUCCGGGAAGCACUGGUGAAGUUCGAGGCCAGGUUCAACUUCCCCGAGGCCGAGAAGCUGGUCACCUUCUACUCAUGCUGCUGCUGGAAGGGCAGGGUGCCCCGCCAAGGCUGGCUCUACCUCAGCAUCAACCACCUCUGCUUCUACUCCUCCUUCCUGGGCAAGGAACUUAAACUUGUAGUCCCUUGGGUUGAUAUCCAGAAAUUAGAAAGAACAUCCAAUGUCUUUCUGACGGACACCAUUCGGAUCACCACGCAGAAUAAGGAGCGUGACUUCUCCAUGUUUUUGAACCUGGACGAGGUCUUUAAGAUUAUGGAGCAGCUGGCAGACGUGACUCUCCGGAGACUGUUGGACAAUGAGGUCUUUGACCUGGACCCAGACCUGCAGGAGCCGAGCCAGAUCACCAAGCGGGACCUGGAGGCUAGAGCACAAAACGAGUUCUUCCGGGCUUUCUUCCGGCUGCCGAGGAAGGAGAAGCUGCGCUCGGUGGUGGACUGCUCCCUGUGGACCCCGUUCAGCCGCUGUCACACCGUGGGGCGAAUGUUCACCUCUGACAGCUACAUCUGCUUUGCCAGCAGAGAGGACGGCUGCUGUAACGUGGUCCUUCCGCUCAGAGAGGUGGUAAGCAUUGAGAAGAUGGAGGACACCAGCCUGCUGCCCAACCCCAUCAUCGUCAGCAUCCGCAGCAAGAUGGCCUUCCAGUUUAUUGAGCUCAAGGACCGAGAGAGCUUGGUGGAGAGUCUGCUGGAGAGGCUGCGGCAGGUGCACGCCAACCGCCCUGUGCGCUAUGACACAUCGGACAGCGACAACAUGACAUCAUCCGUGUUUCACUCAACAAACAUGUGCAGCGACCACAAGUUUGGGGAUUUGGAAGCGGUCUGCCCGCAGAACAGGGAGGAGGGUGACAAGGAGAUGAGCCCGCCGCUGCUCCCCGAGGCCCUCCUGUCCAGGGAACAGAUCAAAAUCAGUCUGUGGAACGACCACUUCGUGGAGUACGGCAGAACCGUGUGUAUGUUUCGCACUGAGAAGAUCCGGAAGCUCGUGGCCAUGGGGAUCCCAGAGUCCCUGCGGGGCCGGCUCUGGCUGCUCUUCUCAGAUGCUGUGACAGAUCUCGCACUGCACCCCGGCUACUACGGGAGCCUGGUAGAGGAGUCCCUGGGCAGAGGCUGCCUGGUGAGCGAGGAGAUAGAGCGGGACCUGCACCGCUCUCUGCCGCAGCACCCCGCCUUCCAGAACGAAACCGGCAUUGCCGCUUUGAGGAGGGUUCUAACAGCCUACGCCCACCGGAACCCCAAAAUCGGCUACUGCCAGUCCAUGAACAUCCUGACCUCUGUGCUGCUGCUGUACGCCAAGGAGGAAGAGGCCUUCUGGCUGCUGGUCGCUGUGUGUGAGCGGAUGCUGCCGGACUACUUCAACCACCGGGUAAUCGGGGCGCAGGUGGACCAGUCUGUGUUUGAAGAGCUCAUCAGGGAGCACCUGCCGGAGCUGGCGGAGCACAUGCAGGACCUCUCGGCCCUGGCGUCUGUCUCACUCUCAUGGUUCCUGACCCUGUUCCUCAGCAUCAUGCCUCUGGAGAGCGCCGUGAACGUGGUCGACUGCUUCUUCUAUGACGGGAUCAAAGCCAUCUUCCAGCUGGGGCUUGCCGUGCUUGAAGCCAACGCCGAGGAGCUGUGCAGCAGCAAGGAUGACGGCCAAGCCCUGAUGGUCCUCAGCAGGUUUCUAGACCACAUUAAGAAUGAGGACAGCCCCGACCCGCCGGUUGGCAGCCACCAUGCCUUUUUCUCUGAUGAUCAGGAGCCCUGCCCUGUGACUGACAUCACAGACCUCAUCCGGGACGCCUAUGAGAAAUUCGGAGACCAGUCGGUGGAGCAGAUCGAACACCUGCGUUGCAAGCACAGGAUCCGGGUCCUCCAAGGCCAUGAGGACACCACGAAGCAGAACGUGCUCCGCGUCGUCAUCCCCGACGUCUCAAUCCUUCCUGAAGACCUGGAGCAGCUCUAUGACUUAUUUAAGAGAGAGCACAUGAUGAGGUGUUACUGGGAGCAGCCCAGGCCCGAGGCCCUGCGCCACGACCCCAGCAGGCCCUACGUGGAGCAGUACCGCAUAGAUGCCCGGCAGUUCGCACACCUCUUCCAGCUGGUCUCGCCGUGGACCUGUGGGGUGCACACGGAGAUCUUAGCGGAACGGACUUUCAGGCUGCUGGACGACAACGUGGACCAGCUCAUUGAAUUCAAGGCAUUUGUGGGCUGUCUAGAUAUUAUGUAUAAUGGAGAAAUGAAUGAGAAAAUCAAGCUGUUGUACAGGCUUCACAUCCCUCCAGCACUCACUGAGAACGACCGGGACAGCCAGUCGCCUUUGAAGAACCCACUGCUGUCAACAUCAAGACCCCUGGUUUUUGGGAAGUCCAAUGGUGAUGCAGCUGACUAUCAGAAGCAGCUGAAGCAGAUGAUCAAGGACUUGGCCAAAGAAAAAGAUAAAACUGAGAAAGAGCUGCCCAAAAUGAGCCAGAGAGAGUUUAUUCAGUUCUGUAAAACUCUGUACAGCCUUUUCCACGAGGACCCAGAAGAGAACCACCUGUACCAGGCCAUUGCCACGGUCACCACUCUCCUGCUGCAGAUUGGGGAAGUGGGCCAGAGCAGCAGCAGCUCUGGGAGCUGCUCCCAGGAGUGUGGGGAUGAGCUCGGGGCUGGGGCUCCUUCCCCGGAGCAGGACUCGGUGUUUCCCGAGGUGGACUCCAGGGCAUUCCCAGAGACGUCAGAAGGGGACUGGACAGUCUCCCUUGAACACAUCUUGGCAUCACUUCUGACUGAACAGUCACUGGUCAACUUUUUUGAAAAGCCGCUGGACAUUAAAUCCAAACUUGAAAACGCCAAGAUCAACCAGUACAGUCUCAAGACUUUUGAAAUGAGCCACCAGUCACAGGCCGAGUUCAAGCUAUGUAACCUGUAGCCAGAGUUACACUGGAGCCUGCUGUACCAAAGCACAGA